AUGUCCGCUGAGGACCGGCCGUCCAAAUCCCUCUUCUUCCUAGAAAGAGAUGAGCUGUUCAGUCAAAGACACAUUGGUCCUUCGCCAGAGGAUGAGGCUCAAAUGGUCAAGACCUUGGAUCCACCGGUCAAAGAUUUGAACGAUUUCAUCCACCAGUCUCUGCCUCGGGAUAUUCGGGCGAGUAAAGAAUUGCAACUGCAGAAUGUAUAUGGGAAAAUAAACGCACAAGGUGCCCGCGAAGUCGCCAUUGAACGGGAGCUUUGGGCCCUCCAAAACGAAAACAAUGUUCAUGCUUCGCUGAUUGGCAUGGGUUACUACGGGACCAAUACUCCCUCAGUCAUCCAGCGGAAUGUCCUGGAAAGUCCUGCAUGGUACACAAGCUACACCCCAUAUCAGGCAGAGAUCAGUCAAGGCCGCUUGGAAUCUCUGCUGAAUUUUCAGACCCUUGUCACCGAUCUCACCGGCCUUGCCAUUGCCAAUGCUUCCGUUCUUGACGAGGGAACCGCGGCUGCGGAAGCAAUGACGUUAUCGUUAAAUGCACUACCUAUGUCGCGGCAAAAGAAAGCAGGGAAAACAUUUGUGGUGUCAGAUCGUUGUCAUCCUCAAACAAUUGCUGUUCUUGAUUCGAGAGCAACAGGUUUUGGUGUCAAGAUCGUGGUGGGAGAUAUUCUGGGACAUGACUGUCAGCUCGUCCGAGAUCAAGGAGAGACCUUGAUCGGCGUCCUGGCCCAAUACCCCGAUACUUACGGAGGGGUCUUUGAUUUUCAAACCCUUUCAAAUAUUGUCCACGCGGCCGACGCUACAUUUUGUGUAGCAACAGACUUACUCGCUCUCACUCUCCUUAAAGCCCCGGGCGAGUUUGGGGCCGAUGUCGCUUUUGGCAAUGCCCAACGUUUUGGUGUUCCUUUGGGAUAUGGCGGACCCCACGCCGCCUUCUUUGCCUGCAAUGAAAAGCACAAACGAAAGAUCCCUGGUCGUCUUGUCGGCGUGUCCAAGGAUCGUCUCGGUAAUCGAGCUCUUCGACUAGCCUUGCAGACUCGCGAACAGCAUAUCAGAAGAGAGAAGGCGACCAGCAAUAUCUGUACCGCUCAAGCGCUCCUUGCAAACAUGAGUGCAUUUUAUGCCAUAUAUCAUGGACCUCAUGGUUUGAAGAAUAUCGCCAAACGCAUUUGGGCCAUGGCCAAGUUUGCGCAAAUCUUGAUUGAACGAAAUGGCUACAAGACAGCAACCCAGGGCGUUCGUGACGACGGUGCGGUGCUCUUUGAUACCGUGACCGUCGAACUAGACAACCCUCAGCAAAUGGAACGGAUCCUGCAAAUCGCCCGCCAAAAUCACAUAGGCCUCAGAUCGGACGUUCCGGGCCGAGUGAGCUUUUCCAUGGAUGAGACCAUUUCCGCUGGAAUUUUGGAACAAUUGGUUGAAUGCUUUGGGGUCACGAAACAAGACUAUCUGGAUGCGUUGAGUGAUCCUGAAAUCCGAUGCAAGGUGAACAAUGCCGAUAUUCCCCUCGAGGUACGGCGACAAUCAGCCUUCUUGACCCAUCCCGUUUUCAAUCAACAUCAUUCGGAGACCGAGUUACUCCGAUACAUCCAUCAUCUCCAAUCCAAAGAUCUUUCUCUGGUCCAUUCAAUGAUACCGCUUGGGUCUUGCACGAUGAAACUCAAUGGCACUACGGAGAUGCUACCCGUGUCGUUCGCGGGAUUCUCCAAACUGCACCCUUUUACGGAAGUGGAAAAUGCCAAAGGAUACCGGACAUUAGUCCAGCGACUGUCGAAUGCUUUGACCUCCAUCACCGGAAUGGAUGGUGUGAGUCUGCAACCCAAUUCAGGUGCCCAAGGAGAAUUUACGGGACUCAGAGUGAUCAAAAAAUACCUUGACAGUACGGAUGAGGGAAAGGGAAGAAAUAUUUGCCUCAUUCCGGUGUCGGCUCAUGGUACGAACCCGGCAUCUGCAGCCAUGGCUGGAAUGACAGUUGUUCCGUUAAAGUGUGAUAUCAAGACAGGCAAUCUUGAUAUCAACGAUCUGAAGGCAAAAUGCCAAAAGUACCAGGAUAAAUUGGCUGCCAUCAUGGUCACAUAUCCCAGUACGUUUGGUGUCUUUGAACCCGGGAUCAAAGCCGUGUGCAAGAUGGUUCAUGACCACGGAGGUCAAGUCUAUAUGGACGGUGCCAAUAUGAAUGCCCAAAUAGGAUUGUGCAACCCUGGUGAAAUCGGUGCCGACGUUUGUCACCUCAACCUCCACAAGACUUUCUGCAUUCCUCAUGGUGGAGGAGGUCCCGGUGUGGGACCCAUUGCCGUCAAACAACAUCUUGAGGCAUUCCUGCCUGGUCAUCCGCACGUCGAUCCUCAUUCUACGGGUAGUGACCGGUCCCAGACAGCCAUAUCUCCGGUCAGUUCGGCGCCUUGGGGAAGUGCAUCCCUCCUGCCGAUCAGUUAUGCCUACAUUCAACUCAUGGGAAGCGCGGGAUUAAAGCACGGGACCGAAAUGGCUUUGUUGAAUGCCAACUAUAUCAUGUCCCGCCUCAAACCGCAUUAUCCCAUCUUGUACACAAAUGAACACGGUCGAUGCGCCCAUGAAUUCAUUCUCGACGCAAGAGGGUUCAAAGAAACGGCAGGCAUUGAAGCCAUUGACAUGGCUAAACGACUCCAAGAUUAUGGAUUCCAUGCUCCUACAAUGAGCUGGCCCGUCGCGAAUACGCUGAUGAUUGAACCCACGGAGUCGGAGUCGAAGGAAGAACUCGAUCGGUUCUGCGAUGCUUUGAUUGAAAUCAGAAAAGAAAUCCAAGAUAUUGAAGAUGGCAAGGUCCCAAGGGAAGGAAAUGUGUUGAAGAUGUCGCCACAUCCACAGGCCGACUUAAUGAGAACCGAUUGGGACCGUCCAUAUACCCGAGAACAAGCAGCGUAUCCACUCCCUUGGCUUCGAGAGAAGAAGUUCUGGCCCACGGUGGCUCGUGUUGAUGAUGCUUAUGGUGAUACCAACCUUUUCUGUACUUGUACCCCGGUAGAAGGUGAUGACGAAGGAACCAAAAGUGUUUGA